AUGGCGACGCAAGGCGGCCGCUACAUCAAGCGUCUUGGGUUGUCUUACUCUGAUGAGCCGAUUCUGACUCUGCCCGUCCCAGGAUCUCGAAUAUAUGUGGUUACGGAGCCGUCAUUGGCCGCCAGCGUUCAGCGUAAUACCAAGACAUUAUCAAUGUCGCCUCUGCUGCCGGAGAUAACCAAGCGGGUUCUAGGACUUGAUGAGAAAACGUGUCGCGUAAUUGGACAAAAUCUGGAUCCGGAACCCGGGGAGCCCCGGGGGUUCUUUGCCGACAUCCAUGAUUGGGUGUAUUCUUGCUUUGGGCCUGGUGAAUAUGUGAAUACAUUAAGCUGUGAAGCGGCGCAGGAGUUAUGCUUCCAGUUGCUUCAAGAGGUUAAAGCCUCUAACGACGCUGGCCAUGUCUCUAAGCCCGUCGAUCUUUUGGCUUGGAUUCGUCAUCUGGUCACCGUGGGUACAGGAAAGUUUCUCUUUGGACCAAACAAUCCUAUUUCGGAAGAGCCAGACUUGGAGCAUGAUUUCUGGGCAUUCGACCACGGCCUUGGCGGACUGCUUAUCGGGAUCUUGCCAUCUCUCACGGCUCCUAAAGCAUACAAAGGCCGAGAGAGGUUAACGGCGGCCUUCCGCAAGUAUUUGGAAGCCGGCCAUUUGGAUUCAGCAUCGUUGAUUGUGAAAGGUAGAGCGCGGAUCGAGAAGGAAUAUGGCAUGGAUAUAGAUAUGACAGCUCGGUCGGCUUUGUCGUUCCUUUUUGCUGGUAUUGUAAAUGCGACGACUACAACUUUCUGGGUGGUAUUGAGAAUUUUCGCGGAUCAACAACUCCUUAACCAAGUGCGACAAGAAAUUCGUCAGGCGCUAGAACUCAGCAGCCAGCGCUCUGGACCAGGUUCAUUAAGCAUUGGAGUGGUCAAAGAAACGUGCAAAACGCUAUUUGCCGUUUAUAGGGAGAGUCUGCGCGUCGGGUCGGAGAAUUUCUCUGUUCGGUUGAUCAAAGAAGACACGAUGCUGGCCGACCGGAGCACCAUCUGGGGCCAAGACGUAGACGAGUUUAAUCCUGGCAGAUUUCUCAAAGAGAAGGGCAAAAGCGAUGGGUUUCACCCAGCAGCCUUUCGAGGAUUCGGUGGUGGCAAGACUUUGUGUCCUGGCCGUGACUUUGCCACCAAUGAGAUUUUGCUAUUUGCUGCGAUGAUCAUUCAUACAGUUGAUAUUGUUGCUCCUGAUGGAGGUACCGUUGCUGUUCCUGAGAAAGACGACCGGAUCAUGCCGGUUCACAUUCUCGAGCCGGUGACGAACCCCAAAGUCAUCAUCAAGCCCAGAGUAGAUGAUGCAGGGAUACUGAGUCAACUCAAAGCAGUGAUGUAA